AUGGCGCCGCACGCACCCCAGCCGCUCGUCUGGAAGCCCGACGCCGACGAGCUGGCGGGCUCGAGCUAUGAAAAGUUCCGCAAGCUCGUCAACCGCAAGCACGGCCUCAGCCUCGAGACCUACGAGCAGGUCCACGCCUUCUCCAUCGACCGCCUCGAGGACUUUUGGGCCACGGUCUGGGACUUUGUCGGCAUCCGCGCCAGCCGCAAGUACGACAGGAUCAUCUCGGACCCAAAGGCGCUGCCCGGCGACCUGCCCGACUGGUUCGAGGGCGCCCGCUUCAACCUCGCAGAGAACCUCCUCUUCCCGCAGCAUCCCGGCAACAACACCGCCUGCUCGCGAGGAGCGCCGACGAGCUGGCCCGACGUAAACAAGACCGUCAUCUACGAUGUGCCCGAGGGCGGCGGACUGCGCGACUCGCCGCCCCACCUCCAGGCCAGAAAGGUCAGCUGGGGCGAGCUGCGGCGCCGCGUCGCCGUCAUGGCAGAGACGCUGCGCAGGAAGGGCGUCAAGGUGGGCGACCGCCUCGCCCAUGUCAGCGCCAACUCGGUGUCGCCCAUCGUCACGGGCCUCGCCGCCAACGCCGUCGGCGCCAUCUACUCGCUCAUCGCCACCGACUCGGGCCCGGACGCCAUCUUCGGCCGCCUGUCGCAGAUCCGCCCCAAGCUCAUCCUCACCGACGACGCCGUCAUCUACAAUGGCAAGGUGGUCAACGUCGCCGACCGCGUCGCCGACGUCGCCGAACGGCUGGCAGACGAGGGCAAGCUCGACGAGCCCAGCACCUUUGAGGUCGUCAUCGUGCGCAACGACCGGCUCGAGGACCGGCCGAGGUGGAAGAGCUCCAAGAUCAAGGCCACCGACCUGGGCGACUUUAUCAGGUCGGUCGGUCUCGACGAGGCCACCUCGUCGCCGCCCCACCGCUUCGAGCAGCUGCCCGCUGCGCGCCCCAUUCAGAUCUUUUUCUCGAGCGGGACCACGGGAGAGCCCAAGUGCAUCGUCCACUCGCAGAACGUCCUGCUGAGCGCCAAGAAGGAGGCGAUGCUGCACUACGAUCUCAAGGGCAACGACACGUUCCUCCAGGUGACUACGUGCGGCUGGAUCAUGUGGAUCUACCACUACGUCGCCCUGAGCGCUGGGGCGUCGGUCGUCACCUACGACGGCUCGCCGCUCUACCCGGACGCGCUGCACAUUGUCCGGCUGACGAGCGAGCUCAAGCUGGCCGGCUUCGGCGCGAGCCCGCGCUACCUGAGCGAGCUCGAGAAGCACGCCAAGUCGGUCGACGUGGUGCCGCGCCGCGACCUCGACCUGUCCAAGCUGCGCUUCAUGACGUCGACCGGCUCGCCGCUGUCGGUCAACAACGUCAAGUUCUUCUACGACAACUUCCCGGCGCGCGCCCACCUCUCGUCGAUCUCGGGCGGCACCGACCUGGCCGCCGUCAUCUGCGGACCGUCGCCGUGCCUGCCGCUGUACGGCAAUUUGAUCCAGUGCAAGCACCUGGGUAUGGACCUGCAGAUCUGGGACGCCGUGACGGGCGAGAACAUCGAAAAGAGCGGCGAGGCAGGCGAGCUCAUCAUCGCCUCGCCCUUUCCGACGCAGCCGGUCGGCUUUUUCGGGCCCGAUGAUCAGAAGGAGGCGCUGCACCAGAAGUACAUGGACUCGUACUACAACCGCUUCGAGGGCAAGAAGGUGUGGGCGCAGGGCGACUUUAUCUCGCGCGACACUGCGACGGGUGGCUUUGAGAUCCACGGCCGCAGCGACGGCGUCCUCAACCCCAGCGGCGUGCGCUUCGGGUCGGCCGAAAUCUACACCGUCGUGGAAAAGUUUCCCUUUGUCGGCGAUAGCAUCGUGGUGGGCCAGCGGCGACCGGGUCGCGACGAGCACGAGCGCGUGCUGCUGUUCAUCAAGAUGCGCGACCCGGGCACGCACCUGACGCCGUCGCAGCAGGGCGAGAUCAAGCAGGCCAUCAAGGUGGCCUACUCUGCGCGCCACGUGCCCGCGUUUAUCUUUGAGGUGCGCGACAUCCCGCUCACGCUCAACGGCAAAAAGACGGAGCUGGCCGUCAAGGCCAUCGUGUGCGGCGACACGAGGUUCAAGCCGAGCAGCGCCACGGCCAACCCGCAGAGCUUGGAGGAGUACAAGCAGUACGCCGAGAUCGAGGAGGUCGUCAGGCGCCAGGGCCUGCCCACCUCGAAGCUCUAG